AGCGGAGUCUGUCAUUCAGCAGCUCCCACUGAAACUUGCAAACCGUGUGCGGGCGCAGAUGGGUGACGCGGCCAAGGACCUGGCGGCCGGCACGGUGGGCGGCGCGGCGCAGCUGGUGGUGGGCCACCCGUUCGACACCAUCAAGGUGAAGCUGCAGAGCCAGCCCACGCCGCCGCCCGGCCAGCCGCCCCGCUACGCCGGCGCCGCCGAUGCUGUCAGGCAGACGCUGGCCGCCGAGGGGCCCCGGGGCCUCUACAAGGGCAUGGGCGCGCCGCUCGCCACCGUCGCCGCCUUAAACGCUAUCCUCUUCACCGUCAGGGGCCAGAUGGAGGCCGUGCUGUGCUCCGAGCCAGGCGUGCCGCUCACCGUCGGCCAGCAGCUCGUUGCCGGCGCCGGCGCGGGAGUUGCCGUCUCAUUCCUGGCGUGCCCCACCGAGCUCAUCAAGUGCAGGUUGCAAGCCCAGAGCGCCUUGGCGACAGCUGCCCCUGCCCCUGCCGCCGCUGCAUCCGUCGCCGGAGGCGUCGCUGCAGCCACAGGCACCGUCGCUGCCCCGGCGGGGGCCGUGAAAUACGGCGGCCCGAUUGAUGUCGAGAAGCACGUGCUCAGGUCGGAGGGCGGCACGCGCGGGCUCUUCAAGGGCCUCUUCCCGACGCUGGCGCGCGAGGUGCCCGGCAACGCCGUCAUGUUCGGCAUGUACGAGGCGACCAAGCAGGUCAUCGCCGGCGGGCAGGACACGUCGCAGCUCGGCCGGGGCUCGAUGAUCGUGGCGGGCGGGCUCGCCGGCGCCUCCUUCUGGGGCUCCGUGUACCCCACCGACGUCGUCAAGAGCGUCCUCCAGGUGGACGACUACAAGAACCCCAAGUACUCGGGUUCCGUGGACGCCUUCAGGAAGAUCCUCGCCGCCGACGGCGUGAACGGCCUGUACAAGGGCUUCUGCCCCGCCAUGGCACGCAGCGUGCCGGCCAACGCCGCCUGCUUCUUGGCGUACGAGAUGACCAGGUCCGCGCUAGGGUGAUCGAUCUCGCCCGUUUUCAGUUCCUUCUGAUUUUUUUCCCCUACCGAUCCAUGUCUUGAUGGCGACGAUGAUCACGUCGGAAGUGCAAUUCAUUUGUAAAAUAAAAUUUUAUUUACGAGUAAUCUGCAUUAAUAUCACUUGGAUUGGAGCUAA